UUAUCAUGUCGAGAGAAUUCUGCUGCAACCACUUCCCCCAUUAAAGCUGCUAAUGAGAUUGAUGCUACUGAAGAAAUGUACAGUUCGAGCACGCUUCUCUCCUCGCCGGUGCUUUGGUUUUCAUCUACUACCUCAUGGAAAAACUCCGCGGCGGGCCCAGUUAGUGGAAGAUGCAUCAAGAAACAACCUGGACUUGUCUUGAGUUCCCCUUAUCUACUGGGAUGUAGCAUUGCUAAUCCCGUUUUAAGUGUUAUGGCAAACAGAAAGGUGCACAGUACAUCUGUCACAGCAGUUCUGACGGAUGAUGAACCUACAGUGGCAAAUGUGGACGAAGGCACUGAAAAUAUUGGCCUCUUUAGCUUAGAUCCAGGUUUAAAGUCUUACAAAGGUCACUUUGGAUACAGAAUAAAGAGAUAUUCUGAUCAGAAGAACCUCAUAGAGAAGUAUGAGGGAGGCCUAGAGGAAUUUGCUCAAGGUUAUAUGAAAUUUGGAUUUAACCGUAAAGAAGGGUGCAUAGUGUACCGGGAAUGGGCCCCAGCAGCACAGGAGGCAGAACUUAUUGGUGAUUUCAAUGGGUGGAAUGGUUCCGGACACAAGAUGGAGAAAAAUCAAUUUGGUGUUUGGAGUAUUAAAAUUCCCGAUCUUGAUGGGAGUCCAGCUAUUCCGCACAAUUCAAGGGUCAAGUUCAGAUUUAAGCAUGGAAAUGGUGUUUGGGUCGACCGGAUUCCUGCUUGGAUUAAGUAUGCAACUCAGGACCCUACAAGAUUUGCUGCACCUUAUGAUGGUGUGUUCUGGGAUCCACCUCCAACAGAAAGGUACCAAUUCAAACACCCUCGUCCACCUAAACCUGUGGCACCGAGAAUAUAUGAAGCACAUGUUGGAAUGAGUAGUUCUGAACCUCGGGUGAACUCAUAUAGGGAGUUUGCUGAUGAUGUGUUGCCUCGCAUUUCAGCAAACAACUAUAAUACGGUCCAGCUGAUGGCCGUGAUGGAGCAUUCUUAUUAUGCAUCAUUUGGAUAUCAUGUUACAAACUUUUUUGCAGUGAGCAGUCGAUCUGGGACUCCAGAAGACCUAAAGUAUUUGAUUGAUAAGGCACAUAGCCUAGGUCUUGAAGUGUUGAUGGAUGUCAUUCACAGCCAUGCAAGCAAUAAUAUUACUGAUGGCCUCAAUGGUUUUGAUGUUGGACAAAGUUCUCAAGAUUCGUACUUUCACACUGGAGAUCGUGGCUACCAUAAAUUGUGGGACAGCAGACUAUUCAACUAUGCAAAUUGGGAAGUUCUUCGAUUUCUUCUAUCCAAUCUGAGGUGGUGGCUGGAUGAGUUCAUGUUUGAUGGAUUUCGAUUUGAUGGGAUAACCUCAAUGCUGUAUCAUCAUCAUGGGAUAAACAUGUCAUUCACUGGGGACUAUAAUGAGUACUUUAGUGAGGCAACAGAUGUCGAUGCUGUGAUUUAUUUAAUGUUGGCCAAUGAUCUAAUACAUAGUAUCUUGCCUGAGGCAACUGUGAUUGCUGAAGAUGUUUCUGGCAUGCCUGGACUUGGUCGGCCAGUCUCUGAGGGUGGAGUUGGUUUCGACUAUCGAUUAGCUAUGGGAAUUCCUGACAAGUGGAUUGACUACCUGAAGAAUAAGAAGGAUGAAGAAUGGUCAAUGCACGAAAUAAUGGGGACUUUGACGAAUAGGAGAUAUACGGAAAAAUGUGUAGCAUAUGCGGAGAGUCAUGAUCAGUCUAUUGUUGGUGACAAGGCUAUUGCUUUUCUCCUGAUGGAUAAAGAAAUGUAUACUGGUAUGUCAUGUUUGACUGAGGCUUCUCCAGUAAUUGAUAGGGGAAUUGCACUUCACAAGAUGAUUCACUUCCUAACAAUGUCCUCGGGGGGAGAGGGUUACCUUAAUUUCAUGGGAAACGAGUUUGGCCAUCCAGAAUGGAUAGAUUUCCCAAGAGAAGGAAAUGACUGGAGUUAUAAUAAGUGCAGACGCCAGUGGGAUCUUGUGGAUACUGAUCAUCUAAGAUUCAAGUUUCUGAAUGAGUUUGACAGAGCCAUGAAUUUGCUUGAUGAAAAAUUUAACUUCCUUGCUUCGUCAAAACUUUUUGUGAGCUGUACAGAUGAAGAUGACAAGGUCAUUGUUUUUGAACGUGGAGAUUUAGUAUUUGUAUUUAACUUCCAUCCAGAGAACACAUAUGAAGGCUACAAAGUUGGUUGCGACUUACCAGGAAAAUACAGAGUUGCUUUGGACAGUGAUGCUUGGGAAUUUGGUGGACCAGGAAGAGUGGGCCAUGAUGUGGAUCAUUUCACCUCCCCUGAAGGAAUACCUGGUGUUCCGGAGACAAACUUUAAUAACCGUCCCAACUCCUUCAAAGUGCUUUCGCCUCCUCGAACAUGUGUGGUGUAUUAUAGAGUCGAAGAGGUCGUAGAAGAAGAAGGGAAAAAUGAUGAGCCAGCAGAAUUGGCAAAUGCAUAUGAAGACGACGAGAGUUCCCAUGAAGAUCCUUAUUAUUCGGGAGAAUCAGAAGAUGACGAAGUCAUUAUUCGGACAGACAUUAUCACAGAAGACGAAGAUGGCGACGACAGCAAAGCGAAGAAUCAAUGAGAUGGUAAAAACAAACCUUUCCUUUGUUAAUAAAAAGGAGGCUUGAAGUUCAAUUACAGGCUUAACAGUACACACACAGUAUGAUAUAUAUAUAUA